GGGAGAGUUCUUGAGCUGUUUGGGGAUGAAACAGGUAGUUUAAGGCGGGAACGAAAGACGAGUUCUGAUGAGCUGCAGGAACAAAUGUUUUCAAUCAUGCACUAACCUUAACCAAUUCGAUGUGACCGACGUUCACGAUUCAGUUGGGCUCAACCGUCUUUGUCAAAAGAUCAGCUUCGUUUAUGACGUGGAAACAAAGCGCAGCACCGCGAAACCUUACCCUAAAGAAUCACGAGAAAUGGCGGCCUCCCGCACCGCUGCUGCGGCCCCGGUCGCCACCGACCUCCGCACCCGCUCCAUCUGCCUCUGCCCGUUGGAGCUCUCGGCUGUCGCGACGCCUCGCUUCUCGCCGCUUCGCCGCCAAUCGAUGCUGGGCCGCGGUCUCACCGCGGUCCCUCAGCGCCGACUUCUUCCUCGGAUAGAAGCAAAAAAGCAAACCUACUCUUCCUUUGAUGAAUUGUUGGAAAAAUGUGAUAAGCUGUUACUGGUCGACUUCUAUGCAACAUGGUGUGGUCCUUGCCAAUUCAUGGUGUCUGUUCUAGAAGAAGUGGGUGAAAAAUUGAAAGACAGAAUCCAAGUGAUCAAAAUUGAUACAGAAAAGUAUACUAACAUAGCAAAUUGCUACCAAAUUGAGGCGUUGCCUACAUUCAUCAUUUUCAGAGAUGGAAAGCCAUGCGAUCGCUUUGAAGGAGCUAUGCCUGCUCAUCAGCUUAUCCAACGCAUUGAGGCUGCUCUGAAAGUCAAACAGUAGCUUUAAAGUCUGAAUUGGUUGAUUUUGUAAGUAUCAGAACUAGACUAGAGAUCAGUUAAGAGUUAUUCCAGUGGUGGAGUCUAUAUGCCAAGAAAAAUGGACCUACAUAACCCCAUCUACUAAUCCAAUUGAAGUUGUAAUCUUGAGCUCGUAUGUCAUCAAACUUAUUUAAAAAGAUUUGGAAGUCCUACGCUUGGCUC